CUAUGAUGUGCGUACGUACGCUGCGCCCUGGACUGGACGGUGAGUUUUUCGCUGUAGCUCUUUGGCAGCAUUGCAUCACCACCAUCACGCAGAUUUUUUUCGUAUUCACAAUGAAUCAUUUGAAGCAGCUUCUGGCGGGUAUCCUAAUUUGCAGUAUCGUACAAACAGCGUCUUCCAUUUCCUGUUUCUCCUGUGAACAUACGGACAGUGACAGUGUGUGUGAGGACAAUCUGAUCGAAUGUGAUGCCAGUGCUGCAUCGCUUGGCAUGAUAAGGGUGGCAGCCUUCAAGCCCACAAUGCAAAUAAUCCAAUCGUCCACCUUCCGAUGCUUUGACCUGCUGAUCCAAGACACUCCCAACGAAUACCGGACACGAGGCUGUGCCUACGAUACGGUGGAUGUUUGCCAGGGCGAAGUGCGCGUCGGAGUGCAGGCCGAGUGCAGAUGGUGCAACGAACACGACGGAUGUAAUUCUGCAGGUAAAUUCCAGACAAACGUGUUCCUGCUGCUCGCGGUUGUGCUUUCGAUGGGAGUGAUUCAAAAAAUGUUUUGAAUAAAAAAGUGUUAGCUUCACUAGAUCCCUAAUACGUGAGCGCUGUAUCCCCUA